UCGUGUAUUUUACGAAUUUUCCCUAACGCGCACAAUAUACAUGACCACAACUCCUGGUUCUUUUAUCUGUACGGCUAAGGCUUUUUUUUCGAUUAAACCAUGGCGUUUUCGUCCUGGUUCUCUCGUUUACGUUCAUCGUCAAAACCAGUUUACAAUAAUCUCCGACACUCGUUUUUCUACAAGCACAGGACUCAUUCGAACAUUAGAGAGGUUCUCAACCCAGACAAGAAACAUGCACCAAUCCUAUCAUGGGCAAGCUCUUUGGUUCCAGUGGCCUUCGCCGUCUACGCUGGUUCGCUUGCCCUCGAAACCCAGAAUAACCCAUCAUUUUGUGAUGCCUCCAAUCUUGAUCACCGAGAAGUUAGCAUUGGGGGCAAAGGUAGCACCGACUAUUUGGUGAGGGGUUCUCACAAGGAUGUCCCACAAGAGCUUAUUGAUGAUUUGAUGGCCAUAUGUCCAGAGAAUGUGACAAUGGAUUAUGAUGAAAGAUACUUUCAUGGGAAACCACAGAACAGCUUUCACAAAGCAGUUAAUAUUCCUGAUGUGGUUGUUUUUCCACGGUCUGCAGAUGAAGUUUCUAAGAUAGUCAAAUCUUGUGACAAACAUAAGGUUCCUAUCGUACCAUAUGGUGGUGCUACAUCAAUUGAGGGUCACACCUUAUCUCCCAAUGGAGGUGUUUGCAUUGACAUGACUUUAAUGAAGAGUAUUAAAUCAUUACAUGUUGAAGACAUGGAUGUGGUUGUUGAGCCUGGAAUUGGAUGGAUGGAGCUUAAUGAAUACCUGGAGCCUUUUGGUCUAUUCUUUCCUCUUGAUCCUGGGCCUGGAGCAACCAUCGGGGGUAUGUGCGCAACACGUUGCUCUGGUUCUUUAGCAGUGAGGUAUGGAACUAUGCGGGAUAAUGUAAUCAACCUCAAGGUUGUUCUGCACAAUGGAGAUAUUGUCAAGACAGGAUCUCGUGCUCGAAAAAGCGCUGCAGGGUAUGAUUUGACGCGUCUGCUGAUUGGAAGUGAAGGAACCUUGGGUGUGAUAACAGAAGUUACUUUACGUCUUCAGAGAAUUCCACAGCAUUCAGUGGUUGCAAUGUGUAAUUUUCCUACAAUUAAGGAUGCAGCAGAUGUUGCUAUUGCCACUAUGUUGUCUGGUAUACAGGUUUCAAGGGUGGAGCUAUUGGAUGAGGUUCAAGUGAAAGCUGUCAAUCUUGCUAAUGGAAAGAACUUGCCGGAAGUUCCAACAUUGAUGUUUGAAUUCAUAGGGACAGAAGCAUAUUCACGUGAGCAAACUCUAAUUGUUCAGAAGAUUGCUUCCGAGCACAAUGGUUCGGAUUUUGUUUUCGCGGAAGAUCCUGAAGCUAAAAAGGAACUUUGGAAGAUAAGAAAGGAGGCGCUAUGGGCUUGCUUUGCACUGGAACCUAAUUUUGAAGCAAUGAUAUCGGAUGUAUGUGUUCCUCUUUCGUGUCUGGCAGAACUAAUAACUAGAUCCAAACAAGAGCUGGAUGCAUCACCAUUGGUGUGCACAGUUAUUGCUCAUGCUGGUGAUGGAAACUUCCACACCGUCAUUCUAUUUGAUCCCAAGCAGGAAGAUCAACGACAAGAAGCUGAGAGAUUAAACCAUUUCAUGGUACACACAGCCUUAUCAAUGGAAGGAACAUGUACAGGAGAACAUGGUGUUGGUACUGGGAAAAUGAAGUACCUUGAAGAAGAACUCGGAAUAGAGGCUUUGAUGACGAUGAAAAAAAUAAAAGCAGCUUUAGAUCCCAACAAUAUAAUGAAUCCAGGAAAGCUUAUUCCUCCUCAUGUAUGUUUCUAAGAGCGCUCUCAUGUGAUGUGUGUGCGCGCGCACUCAAGCAGUUGUAUGUUUGAGCUGUUGUAUCAAUAAAAUACACAAGAAUAAAUCUUCCUUGUACUUUUAUGAGCCAGCUUGAGCUGUUGUAUCGAUAAAAUGCACAAGAAUAAAUCUUCCUUGUACUUUCCAAGUUACUGUUGUCUGGUUUGAAAUGGCUUUGAAGCGAAAUAUAUAUUUCAUCCUAUUUUAGAUUA